AUGCCAAAACGAAAACGAGACAAUGAAGAUGCAGUCGCACCAAGCGGUGCCGUCCGCAGCGCAAAGCAGCAACGAGUGCGGCAUCACAUAAAGCAUGGUACCGUCAAACUCGGACAUGCCUUCAAAGUCGCAAAAGGCUUCGAAAGACAGAAACUUGGACGACGGCAUAAAAAGGCGGUCGCGGAGAAGAACGAGAAGGAUGUACACAGAAUAGAGGCAGAAGUCGCCGCGAUCAAGACAUUGGAUACCACAAAAUGCGCGCACAUACAUUUAUGCAAGAUUUUGAUCAAGGUCAAAGCUAUCGAUGAGUCUGGGGAUCUUCCGUCCGAGGUCAGACAGCCUGCGACGCUUUCUUCGGAUGCCGCUGUGUUGAAUGUGCAUGCGAGACUCUGCAAGUCGAACCCUGUGAAGGAGGCAUUGCCGGAUGUACUAGCGGAGAUUCAUCGAGCGCUUGGGUUGAAGUACAGUAGCGAGGCUGUGCCGAAGACGAAGAGGGUACGAGCGAAGGACUACGAGGCCGCUGUGCAGAGUGCUGCAAAAGACGCUGGGAGUGACGGUACUCGGACGGCCGUGGUAAAAGCAGAGACGAACGAGGAAGAAAAUGUUUCUCGAGAGCACUCAGAUCAGCUUGCGAGUGACGUUCGCUCUCAUGAUGAUCUGGACAGACCUGAAGGCCAUCUGGCAUCUUCGGACGACGAGACCAGUGGAGCAGCUGGUGAGGGCGGCGACGAGGACAUAGCAACGAUCGAAAGACAACUCGAAGCAGAAGGUAUAGCACGAAAAGGCAGCAAGAAGUCUCGUCCAGCGUACGACCACGCAGCAGACCUUUCCGUAUCGGAAGAAGAGGAAGACUCCUUCUUUGCCUCAGCAUCGCCAGAACCACGAAAAGCACCGCCAUCAAAGAAACAGAUCAUCAUACCCUCGCUCAUGGGCGGCUACAUCUCCGACUCAGGAACAGAUAUCGACGACAUAGACGAAGCACCCAAGAAGAACAGAAGAGGUCAACGCGCUCGUCAGGCGAUUUGGGAGAAGAAAUUCGGUGUCAAGGCAAAUCAUAUGCAGAAGCCUAAUCGGAACGCUGGGUGGGACCCUAAGCGUGGGGCUGUCGAGGGAAGUAAUGCUACGCAGCUUGGUCGUGGGGGGAGGAUGCAGCGCGGUGGUGGUGGUGGUGGUGGUGGUGGUGGUGGUAAUGGGCACAGGGCUGCUGCACCUGGUAGAGGUAAUGAUGGUAUUCGUGCUGGACCUGCGCCUGUGGCCGCCGUUAUGAAGACGAAAGAGAGCGAGGGACCUAUCCAUCCUAGUUGGGAGGCGGCGAAGAAGGCGAAGGAGAAGAAGCAGACGCUUGCUGCGUUUCAGGGCAAGAAGGUUACGUUUGACUGA